GUAAGGGGUCAACCAAACAGUGAGUAUGGCGGCUAGCAGACGAGACAGUGACUUAAUGCCUGGCAAGUGAUGAUCAAUGGCAGAUCCCGCUAAAGCUUUCUGUGAGGGGGAGGCAGGAUGGGAAGAGAUGGAAGGUCCCACUAAUUCUUUUGGCGCUGAAAGCUUUGCAGACUUCAUCAAGGUUCGGCGCAUACCCAACCAGAACAUUGUCCACAGGCUGCGCCAGAGGGAGACCCACGUUGCUUACCCAGGCACAAACUGGCAUAUCGCUCGCUCUUUUCACCAAAACUUGUUCCCCAACUUCACCAUCGUCAAUGUCGAAAAGCCGCCAUGUUUUUUGCGAAAGUUUUCGCCAGACGGGAAGCACUUUAUUGCCUUCUCCUCUGACCAGACUUCGAUUGAAAUCUACAAAUUUCGCGGAUCGCAUGCAGCAGAAAACAUCCUGUUCAGUCGAGAGGGAGAGCUGCUGUCUGGAGCCGACGCCAGCAACAGUGCCUCUCAGAUACGGGCGUGUCUGUUCGACACCUUCUUUGAACUUCUACAUACCACGAGUGUAGCACCCAAUGGAGAACAUCUCAACAGAGAGUGCAGUCUCUUCACUGAGGACAGCAGAUACGUUAUUGUGGGAUCAGCCAUGUAUGUUCCAGAGGAACCUUAUCCCUACUUUUUUGACAUGUACCAGAAUAACGAAUCCGUGGCCCCCAACCCUCGCUCUCCACUAGAAGACUAUUCUCUCCACAUUGUGGACAUGCACACCGGCAGACUGUGUGACACCAAACAGUUCAAGUGCGACAAAAUCUUUCUCUCACACAACCAAGGCCUCUACUUGUACAGGAACAUCCUUGCCAUCCUCUCCGUCCAACAACAGACCAUACAUAUAUUCCACAUCGGGGAGGAUGGCUACUUUGUUGGAGUUCGGAGUAUCGGCAGGUUCUGCUAUGAAGAUGAUGAGUUGAUGUUGUCUCAUGUUAGACAGGAGUUUAACCCCACCCAACAGCAAGUGAGACCCUUUAGGGAAACUGCCAUCAACUGCCUGAAGCACAGACUGCUGGUGUACCUCUACAGUAGAGCCAAGCAGGACGGCUCUCCCUUCGCCCUGCGGCAGUUUUUCCAGUACUUUGACCAGUUCUGCAUGUUGAGGAUGUGGAAGAUGCAGCUGCUUGAUGAGAACCACCUGUUGAUCAAGUAUGCCAGCGAGGAUGUGGUCACACUUCGGGUCCAGGACCCCAACUCCCAGCCUUCGUUCUUCGUAGUGUAUGACAUGAUGUCGACAAAUGUGGUAGCGGUGUUCGAGAACACGUCAGAGGAACUGCUGGAGUUGUUUGAAAAUUUCUGUGACUUGUUCAGGAACGCAUCUCUUCAUUCACAGCCUGUUCACUUCACCUGUUCUGCAUCGAGCAACAUAUACGCUCGACAGAUACAGAGAAGAUUUAAACACACCAUCAUCCAUGCCAAAUAUGGUGGUCAGACGGAGGCGGUGAAGCGUCUGCUGGCCCAGCUGCCCAUCAGUGCCCAGUCCUACAGCAGCAGUCCCUAUCUGGACCUGUCACUCUUCAGCUAUGACGACAAGUGGGUGUCCGUCAUGGAGAGGCCAAAGGCUUGUGGGGACCAUCCCAUCAGGUUUUAUGCGAGGGACUCUGGUCUACUGAAGUUCAAGAUCCAGGCAGGCAUGCCGGGGCGCCAGACACCUCCCACCGCUCGGCGCCUGGUUGCCUUCACGUUCCACCCGUACGAGCCGUUCGCCAUCUCCGUGCAGAGAACAAACGCUGAAUAUGUAGUUAAUUUCCAUGUCAGACACUGCCCCUCAGACUAAUAUCUCUGUAUGUAAUGAAUAUUGUUGGUGCUACUGUAGCUUGUUUAUCUUGUAGGUCUUAAUGUAGGAAGAUGUUCCACCAGUUGUGUAGUACACUUGCUAUCCAUAUCUUUGUGUUGUGCCAUGACUUUAUAUUUGUAACUUAAACAUACCACAUAUUACAUGCUGCACAUUCCAAAUAUAUGUUUACUUGCUGUAUUGUAACUUGAUAGUUUUUUAUUCAUGGAGUUUUAUUCAUGGAGUUUAUGAGGUCUUUCUGUACAAUAUAAAGUCCAAUACAGUUUAUGUAUUAUGCACUCCAUGGUGCAGUUUAGUGUAAACAUAUUUUCGCUUGUGAAAGUCAAUCAAGUCCUACAUGAAGCACAGCACUGUCUCUUUCUGUUCAAGUCUUGUUUUUCUGGCAUAGUGGAGACCUCAUUGUUAAAAGCUUUCAGCAUGAUAAAUUGUCAACUGCAUACUCUUAGUAGUAUGCAAUUUUCAGCCAAGAGUCUAGAGAAUAUAAAUGUUACAAGCCAGUAUAAUAAAGUACUAGUACCUGUUUU